AUGCGCAUGCCCAAAAAGAAGCCAUUUAGGAACUUGCGCCGGCGGAACAAUAAUGCUGCUGGUGAAACAGAUUGUGGUGAUGCCAUACCGAACAAAUUAUGCCUAAGCCGCUCAAGAAGAACUAAACCUGCCUCACCAGCUUUUCAAAUUCACUUCACCGUAGACAAUCAAGUUGACAUGUCGGACGGUGCGAUGUUCUGGAAAGUUCUUUCAGAUAGGGGAUUCACAAGUGGCCUUUGGAUUGCCCUCUCAAAUGUACACUCACUCAUGGCCCAGAGCAGCAACAACAACAACAACAGCAGCAACAACAACAACAACACGAUCGCCAUCAUAAAUAUCAGCACCACUAAGAAUGUAAGUACCACGAAUGACAUAAAAUUCUACGACGGGCCGAUGAAAUUUCAUUUCUCGAACUCUGCCGUUAACAUGGACAAUACAACAAAUAUGAGAAUGUGA